AUGGCUCCGGAGCGCGGCGAUCCUCUCUCCGCCGGGACCGAGGGGCUUCCGAGGGCUUUCCUGCAGAGCUUGCGGACCCUUUUCGAUAUCCUGGAUGACCGGCGACGGGGUUACGUGCACCUACGGGAGAUCGAGUCGCGCUGGCGGGGCGCAGAAGCCCAGGAGCUGCCCGCCGGGGUGAUGGAGGGGUUGCGGCAGGCGGCACCGGCCAGCGGGUACCUCACCUUCGAGAGGUUCGUCCUGGGUCUGCGGGCGGCCCUGCCCGGGGCUGAGCCCCCGGCUGAGGGCGGCAGCGGCGGGCAGCGGAGCGUGGAGAAGCCACCGAGCCCUCGCUGUUCCGAAGAGCGACGAGGAAAGAGCACCGGGCAGCGGGAACCGGGGCACAGCCAGCCCAGAGGCCGCGGUGGUGAUGCGAAGUCUACUGGGCAGUCCCAGGGGGAUGGUGGCCACCUGGGGGCUGGGGACACUCGGAGGCAUCAGAGGGGCCGUGCAGAACACCGGAGACACACCAUCACCAACGGCGUGGACUUCAGCACGCUGAAGUACAUGAAAGAGCUGGAACAGGAGAAGGAUUUCCUGCUGCAGGGCCUAGAACUCAUAGACCAGGCUCGGGACUGGUACCACCAGCACAUCCAGCUCAUGCAGGAGCAUCAGCGGCUCCUGGGGAAGAAGAAAAGCAGUGCUGAUUUCCCUGAGGGUGGCUGGAGCCACAUGGGGCGCCUGAUCCCCAAGCUGCAGGAGGUGAACCGCUGCCUUGGUGAAUUCCUUUCCACCGCUGGCAAGCCAGCAAACCCCUCCUCAGCCCUAAGCAGGCUGGUCCCCACAGUGUCCCCAGCCUCCACAGGCUCCCAGCAAGCCAUCAACAUGCUGAAGGAGCAGAAUCGGCUUCUCACCAAGGAGGUGACUGACAAGAGCGAGCGCAUCACCCAGCUGGAGCAGGAGAAAUCUGCCCUUAUCAAGCAGCUCUUUGAGGCUCGUGCCCGCAACAACCAUGAGACGAGCCAGCUGGACUCCACCUUCAUCUAGUGCCUGCCUCCCCCUCCCCACCAUCGAGCUGCCUCGGGGCUUUCGAGGGACUCUGGCCCCAAACCCAUCACACCCGUUGCUCCAGGUGCUGUGUCUCAGGGUCUGGGACUGCCGCUGGCAUCUCUGCAGGAGGAAGCUGGGACUCCACCUGGGGAGCAUCCCUGCCCUUCUGCUUUCCAGCCAUGCUGCUCUCAAGCUGCUCCUCUUCUGUCUCUAAAUGGGUGCAGGGACUCUCUCCCCAGCCCCACAACCCCAGUGUGCAGGAGAUGUGGCUGCUGCCUGUGCUGCCUGCGCAGGGGUAGGUGCUGUGCUCUUGGCCUGACUUAGGUUGGAUUUUGGCUGCUCUUGGGAAAAGGUGAUGCAUCUUCAACGCUGCAGCCACCAUCUGCAGGCAAGCCUGGCCUUUGGACGGUGCCUUGCCCCUGCUUGUCCUGCUGUUGGAAGACAAGAUGGGAAAUCCAACGGGUCAUGCCCUCUCUCCUGCCUGCAUUCUGCCUGCCAGAGAUGCUUCCCUGGCCAGGCAGUGCCCAAGCUCAUGCUUCUCCUGGCAAUCCCUCUAUCCCAUUUGUGGUAGUGAUGCCAUAGUUGCUUUUUACACAUCUGCAGGCUCCUGUAGGGAAUGAGCCAUAAGUCCAAGCAAGGCAGCCUGCACCUCUGAGCUACCGUUUCAGGCUGUUGACAGGUUGAGGCAGACAUCUCACCCUUUACUUGGCUUGACCUAGCAAAUGUUUCCUGAUGGCUGCCAGGAUUAGAUUCUUUUCAUGAUGACUGUAAAAGGGAGAGGUCAUGUUCCAUAGCCUGAGGAUGCUCACAUCAUCUUGACCUCGCAGAGGGCCUUUGGAGCUCAGUUUUGUAUUUAACUGAGCGUGGGUGAUGGAGCAGAAGCUCUAUCAAAUGGCUGCUCUGCCUGUCCUUUGUGGUGGAUGCUACUUCCUGGGGUGACAUCCUGAGUGUGAGCUGCACUUCUCUGCAGCUCUCUUGUGGGAUGAUGGUUGUCUAAGAUGAGUCCUAUUGGAUGGUGCAUCUCAGGACUCCUCCUGCUGCCCACCCAGCUCAGUGGCAAUUCUUGAGCUGUGGUGUUCAACUAUGGCUCAGUACUUGGUAGCCAACUGGUACUUCAACUGGAGAUCCCUGUGAACCCUCAUGGCUCCUGGCCCUCCCUACCCCUGAGACCAGGAGUUUUCUCUCCAGGGUUGUUUCAAGCUCUGACAUGCUGUAACGCUGAGCUGAGCUGGGCAGAAGGUGCUAUCCUUUCCCUGGGCUGGCACCAUGCAGACCAGUUCUGUUCUCACUCCUGUUUUUGUCUGUUUGGUGCUCUCUGUCCCUUCCAGCUAUGCUCUUUGAGGAUGAUCCUGACCUAAAGCUCGCUGCAAGGCAUGAGUCCCUGUUCUGCUCUGGUGCCUGCAGGUGGAAUGGGGAUCAGCAGAGUGCCAGGGAGAGGGUGAAAGAGGAAGAGCAAGGCCAUGGCCAGUCAUGUCCCUUGCCUGCAGGAGUAGGGUCUAAGUUGUCUCCUUGGCAUCAGUGCCUGCCAUCCCUUUUGUGAUGCCACCUUGGUGUCCAGUGCCUGUUUUGCCUAAGGUUUAAUUAAAAGCAACCCUCUUUAUGAGGAGAGUCACCUGUCUGUAGGGAUAAUAAAGUGGAGUGAACUAUUUAAUGUAA